AUGGGCUCAAUAGAUACUCUGGAUAGUGAUACUCUAUCUCCUAACGCUUUGGAAUCUCUGGAGACACAUGAACAACGACGUGUUCUAGAUAUUGUGUCUCAGUUACGCAAAUGCGGACUAGACAGUGUCCUCUCCUUACCACAGCUAGUGGUCUGUGGAGAUCAGUCAGCCGGAAAAAGCUCGGUGCUUGAGGCGUUGACGGGAGUCCCUUUCCCAAGGAAAGACAACUUGUGUACAAGAUAUCCAACUGAGAUAAUUCUAAGACGUGGCGUGUCGCACUCGCUCCAAAUCAAGGUGAUUCCCGACUCAGAACGAUCCGCGGAAGAUAAAACAACAAUCGAUGGAUUUCGAGAAACGAUCACUAGCUUUGACCAGCUCCCUGAGGUUAUGGAUAAAGCAAAACAAUUGAUGGGGAUCGAAGGUGGAGGAGAGAGUGUCGGUACUCAACGAGCCUUUGCUCGCGAUGUGCUCAGUGUUGAGAUCGAAGGGCCAAACCUGCCGCAACUCACUGUGGUCGAUCUGCCUGGAAUCAUACAGUCAGAGACAAAAGAUGCAUCCCAGUCAGAUGUGAAUAUGACGGUCGAAAUCACAAACACGUAUAUAUCGCAGCCGCGGACAAUUUGUCUGGCAGUAGUUUCAGCGGCCAAUGACUAUGCCAAUCAACCUAUCCUCAACAAGGUCCGCCAGUUCGACCCGAAAGGCGAACGUACUCUGGGAAUCAUUACCAAGCCUGAUAUCCCCCCUCCAGGUUCGGAAACGGAAACUGCAUUUCUUGAGCUGGCCAAAAAUAAAGAUAUCUUCUUCGCGUUGGGAUGGCACGUCCUGAAAAACCGAGAAUUCAAAGAGGCUGGAAUAUCAAUCCAAGAACGAAAUCUCUCUGAGCAGUCUUUUUUCCGAAAAUCAGCAUUCGGCAAACUUCCAAAGGAACAUAUCGGAAUUGGAAGUCUAGUAAAUCGUCUCAGCAGUUUGCUUUUUACUCAUGUUCGACAGGAGCUUCCUAAACUUCAAGAAGAACUGGACGCUACCUUGCAUGCCACGAAAUCGGAACUUGAUGUCAUGGGUACAGCAAGGACCACCACAGAUGAGUGCAGAAUGUUCCUCUCCCAACUAGGUCUCAACUUCUACGAGAUUUUCAAAUCGGCUGUCAAUGGUCAUUACGAGGGAGAUGACUUCAAGCCCGACCGGGGGCCUUUUUCACUCAGGCGUUUGACCUCAGUCCGCCGUCUACGUGCCGCAAUUCAACUUAUGAACCAACAGUUCGCAGAACGUAUGCGCACACACGGCCAUAAAUUUCAGAUUCAUGGUAUGGGUGGUAAUUCUACAAGCUCCGAAGCGUCAGAAGAGGAUGAGGUAAUAACGCGAUCAUUGGAAUUUUUGGCAAAUACCCUGACCUAUCGACAAUGUUUUUCGCACAUCGAAAGGCCUCAAAUACUUUCACAUCGAGAAGGAGUGCAAUGGGCAAAUGACGUUGUAAUCAGGGCGCGGGGACGCGAACUACUAGGCAAUUUUAACCCUCUUGUGAUUGCAGAGUUAUUCUGGGAACAGUCAUCGAAAUGGAAUCUCAUCGCCGAGGCACAUAUAGAUGGAGUAUCAGACGUUUGCAGUACCUUCCUCCAGGAAGUUCUUAAGGACAAAGCGCCCUCGGACAUGUACGCACGCAUGUGGCCUAUAAUCCGUGAAAGGGUAAAGGCAAGACAUAGGAGUGCGGUGGAGGAGCUUGAGAAAAUCUUGAAAGAUAACAAAAGCUAUGUGAUAAAUUACAAUCACUACUACACCGAUACCAUUAAGAAGCGGCAGGCCGAAAGGCAAAAAAUCAAGUUGAGAGAAUGUCUCGACAAGGCAGCGGCACCAGGAGGAAACCGUGAAGUUCUACCCGUUAAUGUGAACAAAGCUUUACAUCUCUAUUCAGAAGACAUUGAUCCUGGCAUGGAUAAUCAUAGCUCGGAUGAAGUUCUCGACUGCCUUCUAGCAAUAUACAAGGUCUACCAAAAAGUGUUCAUUGCGAACGUGACAGUUCAAGUUGUUGAACGUCAUAUUGUUCAGGACCUGCAGCAUAUAUUCUGUCCGUUGACCGUUGCAAAGAUGUCAGAUGCUGAGGUUUGCGCUCUUGUAUCAGAGCCGGUUGUUAGUAAAAGGCAGAGAGAAUUCCUGACAGCCCGACUUGCAAAGCUUGAAGAGGGCCGCGAAAUACUCAAAGAAGUUAUGUCAACGAUGGUACAGUAAUCUAAUGAUGAUUUGUUUUCGGGGCUAUUGGUUUUAUGUUCGAAGUUAUUGCUACAGGAUCUAAGCGCAGGGCUGUAAACUAGACUCGGGUGUAGUCGUACACCACGGAUGAUGGAUUAUUUGUUUGACAUCCUUCUCCCUGCGAUUAAGC